AAAGCUUUGGGGGCUUUUUGGAUUUUAAUUUUGAUUUUUUUCGGUAUCCUCAGUGCUGGUACCUCACGCACCAGCCUCCCGGACCUGCCCCUCCAUUGCUGAGCUCAGGGAAGUGACACAGCUCCUGUUCCCCAACCCAGAGGCAUCCAUGGCUGCAGAGAGCCCCAUAGAAAGUCUUUGGAAGCGACAUGUCCCGUCUGUCUGGAGGAUUUCACAGCCCCUGUCACUCUGGAGUGUGGGCACAGUUUUGGCCAAGCCCCCCUCAGUCCUCAGUGCAGAGACACUGAGCAUCAGGGACCCCUCCGUCCUAAUUGGCAGCUGGCCAACAUGGUAGCACUACCCAAGCUGCUGAGUUUCCAGGCAGCAAAGAGAGCAAGAUGGGAUGGGGUUUGUGGGGAGCACAGGAGGCCCUGAAGCUGUUCUGUGAAGAGGAUCAAACUCUCAUCUGUGGUGUGUGACAGGUCUCAGGCUCAGACUGUGGUGCCCAAACAGGAAGCUGCCGAGGAAUACAAGGAAAAAUUGGCGGCGCAUUUGAAGACUCUGAAGGAAGAGAGAGAAAAGCUGCUGGGAAGAAAAAUGACAGCAGAGGGGAAAAGCCAGAAGUAUCUGAAAUGGACCAAAGCGGAAAGGCAGAUGAUUGUGGCCAAGUAUCAGCAGCUGUGGCAGUUCCUGGAGGGACAAGAGCGGCUCCUGCUGGCCCAGCUGCAGAAGCUGGAUGAGGAGAUUGUCAGGAGACUCUCCAUGCAGAUUUCCCGUCUCAGUGAGUGGAUCGGUGAGCUGGAGGGGACGUGUCAGAAGCCAGCAAGUGAAUUCCUGCAGGUGAGACUGAGGAAGAAACAUUCCAGGUUCCCAUAAAGGGAAGGGAGGUUCCUAAAUCACAAGCACUGGGGUCCAGCCGUCAGAUCUCAAUUUAACUCCAUGUGCAUUGCUGAUAUGUUAGUGACUCUUGUGCUUUGUAGAGUUACAGGCACAGAGCUAUUAGAGAUGGCAAAUCCCCCUUCACUUAGGGGAUCCAUGUUCCUGGGACCAGGGCAGGGCCUCUCUUCCCAGGUUUGCAAAAUCCCUUCUCUGAC